AUGUGUAGAGAAGAUCUUAACUAUACAUGCUUACAAUUUAAUCAAUGUGGGCCAUUAUCAGUACUUUCUGGAACAACAAUUGUGAAUGAUACCACUGUAAUAAGGAAUAGUUCGACUGUUGGUGUAAAUUCGCCUACGGGAAUUGAUAUAUUGGGAACCAACAGUGAUUCAAUUAUUAUUGUAGAUAUGGGCAAUAAUCGUAUUGUCGGUUUAUGGGAUGCUGAUACACACUAUAAAAACAUUUCUGUAGUGGCAACUGAAUAUGCUCCUGGACAGUCUCUGUCCAUGCCUUUGGAUGUAUAUGUCAAUGCUAGAAAUGAAUGUGAUAUUUAUGUUACUAACUAUGGUACUUCUCAAGUUGUGUUAUAUUCUAACAUGCAAACAAUUAAUCCACUACCCAGCAUCGUUGCAGGUGACGGCGCUAGUGGACCAGGACUUGAUGGUUUGUAUUUUCCAUAUGGAGUAGUAGUAGAUAGUAAUAAGAAUGUCAUCGUUGCUCCUAUGAUGCAACAUCGAGUAAUGUUUUGGCCUCCAAAUGCUUUGAAUGGUACAAUAAUAGUUGGCCAUAUCUCAGCUAUUAAUGGCGCUACUUCUAUGGAUCUUGAUGCACCUUUAGGAAUAGCACUAGAUGAACACAAUUCAUGGUUGUAUGUCGCUGAUUCAAAUAACCACAGGAUACAAAGGUACAACUUAAAUGAUACUUGGCCAUGCAACGGCACUACAGUAGCAGGCGGUAAUGGUUCUGGACCACGAAGCAAUCAACUCUCUUAUCCGUCUUAUAU